GAAAUCAUUCUUGGUGAAUAAUGCUGGGCCACUCUGGAAAUUUGUGGCUGAGAGCUGGACCCUCGUCAUCGCCACGCACUUUGUCACUGAGACAGGGUAACCCAUGGUUACUGAGCUCAGAUCAGUUAAGGGGCAGAGAGCCUCCCCUCCUCACCGCUCUAUAAAAGAGACCCAGCAAAGGGACCCUACCGGCUUCCGGCUCAGCCUGGGCGAAAGCGUGGGAAGCGAAGCCCGAGACCUCGGGAGCAGAGCACACCAGCUGCAGUGGCCAGGCCAGCAUGUCUCCUUCCUUCCAACUUCAGUGCCACUUCAUUCUGAUCUUCCUGAUGGCUCUAAGAGGGGACAGCCGGUACCCAGAGCUGCGGGAAGCGGCGGACCACGACCCUCUCCUGCUCCUGAGCGCCAGCCUGAAGCGGGAGCUGGCGGGGGAGCCGCUGUACCGCCGCGCCCUGCGGUGCCUGGACAUGCUGAGCCUCCAGGGCCAGUUCACCUUCACCGCUGACCGGCCGCAGCUGCACUGUGCCGCCUUCUUCAUCAGCGAGCCCGAGGAGUUCAUCACCAUCCAUUACGACCUGGUCUCCAUCAACUGUCAGGGCGGGGACUUCCUGCAGGUAUUUGAUGGUUGGAUUCUCAAGGGGGAGAAGUUCCCCAGUUCCCAGGACCAUCCUCUCCCCACGACUGAACGGUACAGGGAUUUCUGUGAGAGCGGUGGCAUUGGAAGGAGUAUCCGAUCCUCCCAGAAUGUGGCCAUGAUCUUCUUCCGGGUCCACGAACCAGGAAGUGGAUUCACAUUAACCGUAAAGACGGAUCCCAACCUCUUUCCCUGCAAUGUCAUUUCCCAGACCCCAAAUGGGAGGUUUAGCCUGGUAGUUCCGCAUCAGCACCGAAACUGCAGCUUCUCCAUAAUUUAUCCUGUGGCGAUCAAAAUAUCUGACCUCACUCUGGGACACUUAAAAGGUCUGCAGUUGAAGAAACCCUCAGCAGGCUGUGGGGGAAAAGGAGACUUUGUGGAGCUGCUGGGAGGAACUGGACUGGACCCUUCGAAGAUGAUGCCUUUAGCUGAUCUCUGCUAUCCUUUUCAUGGCCCUGCCCAAAUGAAAAUUGGCUGUGACAACACUGUGGUGCGCAUGGUCUCCAGCGGAAAACACAUCAAUCGCGUGACUUUUGAGUACCGCCAGCUGGAACCAAAUGAACUGGAAAACCCAAAUGGAAACAGUAUCCGGGAAUUCUGUUUGUCUAUCUAGUCUUUGAACAACCAACCCAAUGAUUUCCAUGCUGCUAGCUAAGUGACUUUUUAAUGGCUAUUGUAUAUGCAUAGGGUUUUGAUGAGCAGUUAGUUAAAAGCCCUUCAUACCAGUCACUAUUCCCAGCCUUGAACAUACGUCUCUCUCUCACACACACACACACACAUUAAUUUUUGUACCUUGCUUCUUUUUCAUUUAUAAUAUAUAAAUGACCACAUAGCAGAAAAUAGUAGUAGAAAAACAGUUUUCUGUAAUCUUUGGUAGGCUACAAUUCUGAACUGGUAAGACAAGUGCAAAGCUAUGUGCAAUAAAAAAAUUCUCUCAAGGGAAAAUACUACAAAGAAAUGAAAAUGGUGGUGUUCAUAUCAGUUUUAUAACAGAAAACAAUCGAAUGUCUGUGUAUACUGAAGUAGUUGUAUCUGUUUAUUUUUUGCUUACUAUUCUGUUUACAAUAGACAAUAGUUGUAGCUAUUAUAUAUUGAUUUGUAACAACUUGUUUUUAACAAAACUUUGUAGCAUGGAAAAAAUUUUCCAUCCACAAAUACAAACAUGAAUAAAUAUAUUCAGAAUGUCGGCACCUUGA